GGCAGUUCACACUCGUGCUAUACUGUCCCGCCAAAGUACACUUGAAAAAUUGGAGAGAUUUGUCAGCAGAGGUCAAAUAUAGUCGUGUGAUGCAGCUAAAAGGAGCUAUACAACUGGAUUCACACUUUAGAAUGAAGAAGUGAGGCUCCAGAGACUGCAGUGAUGGCCGUCCAGGCUGGCAUCCAGGUUUGUGAGAAGUUCGUGGCCCCUCUGCUGAGCCCGAAGAGCCCGCGCAGCCCCCUGUCCCAGAGGCACGGGCCUGGUCUGGCAGAUGUGUUCCAGUACGACCAGUGGCUCACGGUCCGACAUGAGGCCACGCUGGUCCCCAUGCAGGAGGAUCUGGCCAUCUGGCUCACAGGCAUGCUGGGGGAACACGUGAGAGCGGAGUUUUUCAUGGAGGAGCUGAAUAACGGAGUGAACUGUGAACUGGUCCGAGUGCUGCAGACCAAAGUGGCCCAGAGCUGCCCCUCCGCACUCGCCAAGCUCUUUCCCAGAAAAGUGGCCUGUAAACACAAUGCCUCUCCUGGUUCAUUCUUUGCUCGGGACAACACGGCCAACUUCCUGUCGUGGUGUCGAACGAUCGGAGUCGAAGAAACCUACCUGUUUGAAUCUGAGGGCCUGGUACUGCACAAAGAGCCACGCCAAGUUUGCCUUUGUCUGCUCGAAAUUGGACGGAUUCUUCUCAAAUAUGGUGUAGAGCCCCCGGUGCUGGUGAAGCUGGAGAAGGAGAUUGAGUUGGAGGAGACGCUGCUUUUGGACGAAGAGCCGCCUCCCGCUGUGAAAACCUUCAGUGUGUGCUGUCAACACGGAGGCCUGUAUCAGGCCGAGGAGGCUGGUAUGGAUGAACCUCCCUGUAACUGCGCCAACAGAGUUUCCAUUGAGUACCUGUCCGAGGGCCGCUACAGGCUCGGAGACAAGACCAUCUUCAUCAGAAUGCUGCACGGUAAACACGUGAUGGUGCGUGUGGGCGGCGGCUGGGACACUCUGCGUGGGUUCCUCAUGAAGUACGACCCCCAGCGUGUGCUACAGUUCACCACUCUGGAGCAGAAGAUCCUGGCGUUCCAGAAAGGCCCGCCCAGUGUAGGACACAACCAUAACCACAACCACCAUCACACCGGGACCCCCGCGCCGCCGCCUCCUCCGCCCGAAAUGGACCCCCUUGCGGCUGUCAAUGACCUCAUGUCCUCCACCUCUUCCUCCUCUGCGUCGUCAUCGUCUUCCUCUACCGCACCCUGUAAACCGCCGCAAACGUGCAGAUCCUAUGCCAACUCCCCAGCAUGUACACCGACGUUGCCCAGAAAGAAUAUGGCUCCCGCACCCAAAAAAGUCCUAAAUAUGGCCCCCAAGAAGCCAACUCAGCUCCCACUUCCAAUCACCAAAAAUGCGUCGUCUUCUUUGCCGUGUACUCCAAAGCAGACCCCCAGCCCGAGCGGUACAGUCCAGCGCAGAGCCAUGACGCCGUCCCCCGUGCUUUCCAAUCCGUCAUCUAGACUCAAACUUAGAGCAACUCCUCGCAACGGAGCACAACCGAGGAGUCCAGUUUGCCCCGAACCGUCCUCCAAAUGCCCGAAACCUUCAAGUCCACUUACCUCUCCAACAGGUGUCCCUCUGCCACGCCCUGCCACAGCCCCCGCCCGCGCUAAUGCUAACACUGCUAACAAUGCUACGGCUAAACCACCCACGGGCGCUAACCAACGCUCUCGUUUAGCCCAGCGCCGCCCCGGGUCCCCAGCCUCUCGUCUCCGUUUAGAAGCGACGAGAAGAGUUCGCACAGCCCAAAAUCGAACACCUACACCCAGUUCCAGCUCCAGAGCAGCAUCCCCGGCCCUAAGUACCUCCAGUAAAGCGAGCGAUAUCCAGGCUAAAGCUAAAACGCCCACGCAGAGUAAGCUAACGGCUAAUGCUACGCAAGCUAAACCUGUUGCUAAUUCGCACAUACCGACGCCAGUUCAAGGGCGGGUCCCUGCCACUGGCAACACAAGUCCCAAAUCUACUCAGAAAACCGUUACAGAGUCAAAAUUGGCGCCAAAAGCACAAGCUAACACUAACGCUAGCAAUAACAAGGCCAAGUUCGAGCCGGAAAAUAUUCCAAAAUCAACCAUUCCUAAAGCCAUCAAGACGGAAGCAAACGGAAGCAAAAAACCCACCCAGGGCAAAUCCAAAACCGAGGAGCCAUAUUUUGAAAUGAACUCCAAAAGAAAACAAAAAAAAUAGAAAUUUAAACCAGCCGGCUGGUCUCUCUGCUCCUUCCAAACCCAGCAGCACUUCUCAUUUUAACACUGUCAUUAACAUAAAUCUAAUCUAGAGUAAUAAUAAUCAAUGUUUGUUUUGGAAAUUUUGUAUGUUAUUUAAUUGUUGCUUGUAGUUUUUUAAUCGGAAAGGGUCGAUCAUCUAGUUUUGUUUUUUGUUUUCUUUACAGAGCUCAUAUCCAAGUUUAUGGUUAACACUAAUCUCAUUGUUUACAUUUUUAAACUUUUGUUACAGCCAUUAAUUCCAUUUAAAAAACACUAACCUCAGUGAUAACUGUGUAUUUCAACACAUGAUUUAUGCCCUUUAAAAUAACACCACCAUGAGUUAACAUAUCUGUAAUGGAAACCAAAGGUUUUGGAGUCUGGAGAGGUAUCUUCCAAUGGUAAAUGAUCACACUACAUACUCUGUGUUUAUUAAUUAGCCUGGUCAGUAAAACCCAUUUACUUUGCAACUCUCUUCAUAGCAAUCUUUGUUUAAUUUCAACCAAAAGUAACUAUUUAUCUACAAGGGGCUGUCUUGAUGCAGUGCCUUUACUUCAGCUUUAUCCGCCUUGGUCAGUUGAUACUGGGCCUUGAUUCAAGCAGGUCUGUCAACAGAAAUUUGUUGACAGACCUGUUGACUCCCCUGGAUCUAUGUAAUGCAAUUUUUAUGAUCAAAAACACAUUUUCUUCUAAUGAAUUUGAAGAAUACUAUACAAACAUUGCAAGUUCAUUUAAAUGCAUUUGAUUCAUUAUGAUUUCCAUUACAAGUUAUUUUUUGAGGAUCUUUUUGUCUCUCUGAUUGCCUUUUUGCACACAGAACUAGUUUCUUCUCUAUUACUUGAUGCUGUCUAUAUCCUCAAAAUCCAAUUUCUUAUUCAAAGUUGUACAGGAUAAAUAUUACAAAAUACAAAAUUGCUGGCCAGGCUAAUUAUAAAUAUUUUUAGGUGGAAAGGUUCAUCUCAGUGGUACCAGACAGUGCCAUGAGAAACCAUUUUGCCAUUGUGCCUUUGACAGAAAUGGGUCAGAAUUUGAGAAUGUAUUGGACUUUUUGGUGUAGGGGGAUUUAAAAUGGCUUUCAGGAUCUUUAUUGCACACUGUGCAUAGGCACUCUAUGGAGAAAGGAACUACUGAACUCAACCUCGCUCUGCCCUCUAGUGGCUGCAAUAAUGUUACAGCAUAAUCUACUUUUAGGACUUUUCUAUGUUUUUGUGGAUAAAGUCUCUAGUUUUCUAUGUAGUGUUGGUGUCUGUGAGUGAAUACAUAAAUAUGAAGCAGCAGAUAAAUAAUAUUAUGAGGCUUUUUCUUGGCACUUUAUAGAAACUGGUGUUCGUCACGGUUGAAUGUCGUUUUUCUUGUCUUUUUUGUCCAGUUUUUGAUGUUUAUUAAUAAAUGGACAAGUGUUUUAAAUCAGA